GAGCCACGACUCGCUACGCUUUGCCAGUCGAGCAUACGCGGCCACUUUAGUCUGGGUUUAUGAGAGUGCUCGUAGCGGUGGUUGACUUUCGGUGGUAUCCUGUGAAGGAUCGUCAUUUGAUCCGCAGUGCUUAGGACGGUCGUAUCGAAACAAAUAAGAUGGGAUUCAAGUUUCUCGAGGUGAUAAAGCCGUUUUGCAGUAUAUUGCCAGAAAUAGCGAAGCCGCAGAGAAAGAUUCAAUUUAGGGAGAAAGUACUAUGGACGGCAAUCACGUUGUUUAUCUUUUUAGUAUGUUGUCAGAUUCCAUUGUUUGGUAUAAUGUCUUCAGACAGCGCAGAUCCGUUCUAUUGGAUUCGCGUGAUACUUGCAUCAAAUAGAGGAACACUGAUGGAACUAGGUAUCUCACCGAUCGUAACUUCCGGUCUUAUCAUGCAGCUGCUGCAUGGCGCAAAAAUUAUUGAAGUUGGUGACACACCAAAGGACAGGGCAUUAUUUAAUGGUGCACAAAAACUAUUUGGCAUGGUUAUCACUGUUGGACAAGCGAUUGUUUAUGUAAUGACUGGAAUGUAUGGAGAUCCAACUGAGAUUGGAGCUGGAGUUUGCCUCCUGAUUAUCAUCCAACUGUUUGUCGCUGGGCUUAUUGUGUUGCUAUUGGACGAGCUUCUCCAGAAAGGAUACGGACUAGGAAGCGGAAUAUCUCUCUUCAUCGCCACCAACAUUUGCGAGACUAUUGUGUGGAAGGCGUUCUCACCGGCUACAGUCAACACUGGUCGUGGUACAGAAUUUGAAGGGGCCGUAAUCGCUCUUUUCCACUUGCUGGCUACCAGGCAGGACAAAGUUCGAGCACUUCGGGAAGCGUUCUACAGGCAAAAUCUUCCAAAUCUGAUGAAUCUUCUUGCUACUAUUCUAGUAUUUGCUAUCGUUAUUUACUUCCAGGGCUUCCGUGUGGAUCUUCCGAUUAAGUCUGCCAGAUAUCGCGGCCAGUACAGCAGCUAUCCGAUCAAAUUGUUUUACACCAGUAAUAUUCCGAUCAUCUUGCAAUCAGCCCUGGUGUCCAACUUGUAUGUCAUUUCUCAGAUGUUGGCGGUUAAGUUCCAAGGAAAUUUCAUAGUAAACCUAUUGGGCGUCUGGUCAGACGUCGGUGGCGGUGGGCCCGCUAGGUCAUAUCCGGUCGGCGGGUUGUGUUAUUAUUUAUCACCUCCGGAAUCGGUCGGCCAUAUUGUUCAAGAUCCCGUUCACGCCAUGCUUUACAUUCUCUUCAUGCUCGGUUCGUGCGCCUUCUUCUCGAAAACGUGGAUCGAGGUCUCUGGGAGCUCGGCGAAGGAUGUGGCUAAACAACUGAGGGAGCAGCAAAUGGUGAUGCGAGGCCACAGAGAUAACUCUAUGAUACGCGAAUUGAACCGGUACAUCCCGACGGCCGCGGCGUUCGGUGGACUAUGUAUCGGAGCUCUUUCCGUGCUGGCAGAUUUUCUGGGCGCGAUCGGCUCCGGUACCGGUAUCUUGCUUGCCGUUACGAUCAUAUACCAGUACUUCGAGAUCUUCGUCAAGGAGCAAAGUGAAAUGGGUGGCAUGAGCACGCUGCUUUUCUAAAGUUAAUCCACUUAUAGACUUGAAAAGUGAACUUUUUUAAUUCUGAAGAACUGAAUAAUAAUUUAUUGUAAAGUAAAUCGAAUUGCGUGUAUGUAUGUGUCUGCGCUGGGCUCACGAAAUGAUAACACAUGCGUAUGCACACGCACAUACACCGGUGCCAACCGAAGGGUCCGUGUAUUAUACAUAGAGUCGCAUAUAUUUAACUUACCAUUGACACUGUUGAUUCUCUACUCAAAAGAUUAUGCCGUGUCGGUGAGACUUUUUAAAGAAAACCGAAGGUCCUUCUAUGUAUCUGUUUCGCAUUGAAUAUAUGAAAAUGACCACUGACAUACGUACUGUCAAAUUUCUCCUGAAAAAAUACUGCAGCCUUACGUUAUACUUGAGAUUUAUGUUCAUAAGUUACGAGUAAAAGCGUGUCCUUUAUUCAUGCAUUAAACCUGUAUAUUAUAAAUCUGUAUGUUGAGUUGAGUCUACGCUGUGUCAUACAAUAUGUAAUAUCUUUCGUACGAGCAGUGUGUAUGUACAUAGUAUAAAAAAAUGAUUACAAAUUUUCAACAUUUUUUUAAUAAUAUUUUUGGGCUCUAUGACAUGACGUGGAUGGAGCUGUGUAAGGACUCAGCGGCGUACGAAUAAAAUGGUGACGUUUAUAUAUAAAUUGAAUAUUGCACAUGAUUGCGAAUAGUCAUUUCAGUCAGGACGAGACGCCCACUUAAGAUAUUCAUACAGCAAUUUGAACAAUGUUCAUUUAUCUUAGGUAUCAUCCAUUCCUCUAUAUAAUAAUUAUAAAGUAAAUUUAUAUUUCUUUCUUAUACAUGUGUAUUUAGAAAAAUGAGAAAUCUGCUCUCAUAAAUAUUAAAAUAUAUAUAUAUCUUUUUUUUGUCUUCCUUGUUUUUAAUCCUCUUCGGAAGGUUUCGUUAGAUUUUGUUAUUGCGCUAUGUAUAAGCUCACCUCGAUUUAAUCUCGAUCACGUUGUUCGGGAAAGACAUAGAACAAAUCUUCUAUUGAUAAUAAGCAGAAAAUAGAUAACUGUGUGACUUAAUAACGAUCGAUUAUACAAUAAAAACGGAAGAUCCAUGUUAUAUAAUAUGUUAUAUACUUAAAAUAAUUGUAUACAAGAGAAGUUAGUAAAAAUUACUUCCUAUUUUA